AUGAGUGAAGAAGUAUGCUUUACAGAAGUCAAACAAAGAAAUAGUAGUAAGCAUUUUCCAUUGAUCGAUCUAACAGAAAUCAAACCAUAAGAGAAUUUCUUAGAAAGCUUAUGUAAGUACAUCCUCGUUAAUUACUAGUAUAAAAAAAGUAUCAACUAAACAAAAAAAUAUAAUAAUACACUUUAGGAAAGGUCUAUCUAGAAUCCAAUAAUGAAAAAGCUAUCUUUAGAGUUUUUUAGGAUUCUGAUCUUAACAUUUCUUCGAUAUUUUAAAAGAAAUUAAACAAAACAUCUGUUGAUGAUGAUGUUAUGACUACAAGUUCUUAAAUUGCCAAUGCGAAUAGAUAAAAUAGGAAGGAUGUAAUUUUUAGAAUUUUUGAGAUUGAAAAACCAUAACGUCCAAAAUAAAUUCCUUUAGAAGAAAUGGAACAUUCUUUAUUUGGUUCUACAUAAGAAAGCAAUCCUUUUUUGACAUAAUAAAUUUAGAUAACCAAUGCAAGUAAAUUAUUUUUAUCAUAAUGA